AUGAGUGAAAUUCGCCGUUUUAGAGCAACAGACAUGUUCUUAUUUAAUAAUAUAAAUCUUGAUAUUUUAACAGAAACAUAUGACAUUUCAUUUUACCUUUCGUAUCUAGCACAAUGGCCUGAUUUGUUUUUGGUUCAAGAAUUAUCUUUAUUCGGAGACAAAGAAUCAAAAUUAAUGGGAUAUGUGAUGGGAAAAGUAGAAGGGGUAGGAAAGCAGUGGCAUGGGCAUGUUACAGCUUUAUCUGUUGCUUUAGAAUAUCGUCGACUUGGUAUUGCCCGAAAUCUUAUGAAACUACUUGAGGACGUAAGCGAAAACAUGCAUAAUGGAUAUUUCAUGGAUUUGUUUGUACGACUUAGCAACCUUGCUGCGAUCAAUAUGUAUAAAUCUUUUGGAUAUUCAGUUUUUCGUAGAGUAAUAAAAUAUUAUAAUAAAAGCAAAGGAAAUGAUGAAGAUGCUCUAGAUAUGCGAAAACCACUUCGACGAGAUAAAUUAAAAGAAAGUAUAAGAGAAGAUGGAGAUAAAAUACUCGUAUUACCAGAAGAUAUCUAUUUCUAA